AUGAUGUCCAUGGUCCUCCGUCUUCGUCCAGUGUCAAUUGCGCACGAGCUAUCUUCGCUUUUGGUCCGGUAUUUUCGCACGCGCCGCGCUGUCAUGGAGUUCCCGACCACCCAAGGUCGACCGCAUGGGCCGGAUGAAAUCAUUGAAUGCUGGGAUGACGACGAUGACCUACAAUUCAACGAGGGAGUCCAGUUCCGUGCCGCAUCUAGCACAGGCUCGGUGACCAAUUCCUCUUUUCGACCCUCUGGGCACCGCGAUUCUAUCUCAUCUCGCCGAUCCGCUCGCUCCGAUCUCGACUCCAAUGCCGGUGAUGAAGACUGGCAGGUUCUCCUGCACGAUAAUGAUGAAUUCUCCAAGGAGGAGGCACUGGCCUCCGCCAAACAUGCCGGCAUCCCUAUUCCCGCCGAUAUCCCCAGCUCGGCCCUCAUUGGGGGCGCUAUUAAACGUCUCUCUGCCCGGAAACACAAGCGAACUUUUGUAGACGAUUGGUCAGAUGACGUUGAGCUUCCUGGCCCUGAUACGGUCCUGGAGCUAAAAACUCCACACGACAAUGCUUUCCCAGAAUCUUUACGACAGAUCAGCUCUGCAGCUACGAGUCCCGUGAAGUCGGUAGCGUCUCCUUCCUGGAAUGAUGACAUUUCAACUCGGCUACAGGCCGCGUUCGCGCCUUUGGACCGCUUUCAGGAUGAGAACGACUACCCCGGGAACCAGGAUGUUCCUACAAUCAAAGCCCCUGCACCACGCUCACCCCAAAAGAAUCCUUUGGCUAUGGCUGGAAGUGGACAUGCAGGGGAUCAGAUGGAUGAUUUUGAUGACGACCUCGAAUUGCCUCCGGACCACCAGCCACUUCAACUGAGCCAUCGGAAAGACCAUGCUGAAAUUUCUAGCCCUAUCUUGGAUGACUUUGAUCUCGAGUGGUCUGAAGGCAGCAUUGGUAUCCGAGUUGGUGGGACCGCGCGGGACGGCCGAUCACUCCCAAGCUCCACCAUAUCAAUCGCAAGCCCCAGCGUUUCCAGCUGUCUCACUGCGGAAAGCGAGGAGGAUGGCUUGGAUGGUGUUUUGUUUCCGGAAGGGCCCCUGGAUUUUACGGCUUCCCUCAAGCGGAGAGAAGAGGCUCAGGCGAUUGAGACUCCCAUCAAGAAUGAAGUUAUUCAGAAGGCACCGGCUUCACCGGAUGCCGAUGACUUCUUCUCGGGCCUUGAGGUUGACCAUGGCAGAGCAUUUGCCUCAGGGAAAAUGACCCUCAAUCCCAAUGUCAAGUGCAAGACAGAAUGGCCGUCAAGCCCAACUCGUCGGCCAGCUACCACACUCACAUUCACCAAUGCCAGCGGUGGUUCUCCUCGUACUCGCAUCCCCCGCCUGUCUGGCCAUGACCGAACCCAUUCAACUCACCUAGAGACCGUCUCAGAAAGCGGUGCACCACUCUCCAAAUUCCGGAGAUCGCAGUCCCGACUUGGACAUUCGGCGCAAUCAUCCGUUUCGAGUCUACCUGCCACCGGUACACAAUCACCAUCGCCAACCCCAGGUGCCUCGAGCCGACGACUUCUAGGGCCCCGGGCUACCAAGACAAGCCCAAAUGUCGACGAGAGUAAAGCCCCUCCCAGAACACUUCGAACUAAAAGAUCACUACCGUCCAUCCGAGGGAUCAGUUCGGCUACUUCUACAUUGGCUUCGCAACGGACGCCAUCUCAUCAAGAUGGCUCUGUUCGUACCUCUCUAAAUCGGCCUAAAACGCCUGUUGAACGGACGGCUGCACUCGAUGGGCGAAACUCGGCUCGCAGAGUUCAACCGCCAUUUCUCUCCUCUGGUGCAUCAGAAAGGAAGCCCCAGAAUGCCAAUGUCAAAAUCUACCGUUCCUCUCGACGCACCAAUUCCGACAGCUCUGGUGAUAUGCUCAGUCCACAGGGCACAUUCUCCCGGCUGUCACGACCUUCUCGCCCAGAGAGCCUGCGACUCAGUCUUGGUGAAUCUGGCACAGAAAACGCCGGCUCGACGACUAAGCGGACCCUGACCAAACCGACCAGGCGACGCAAUUUCGGCGAUGGCACCGAAUUAGAAUCAUUUGACGAUCUACCCACUUCGGCUUCAACUGAAAGCAAAUUCACGAAAAAUCCAACUGGGCGAGGAGCCCCCCGAUCUAUACGUUCUCGACUCAGCCAGAGCCGUAUCACUCCCCCGAUUGAUUCUCCGACUCAAUCUACGCCUCCCUCGGUCACCAAGCCGCUGAACCCGACUCCGAGGUUCGCUCGCGAUACCAAUGCAUCCCGAAAUGCUCGAGAACAACGAAUUGCUUCCAUGAACUCCCGUACCCGAGACACAACCCCUCUUGCCUCUGUGAACUCGAAUUGGAAACCCCACCCGGUUGUUUCUCGCAUCUCCCCCAGCGCCGCGCCGGUACGAAGCCGCAAAUCGAAACCCAUGACCAAGUCUUCAUCCAAACCCCACCUGAUCAAACCUCUAGGGUCUGGUGUGCAGGAUGCCAAAUCCGUGCGAGGUAUGCGGUACAACCCGUCAACUUUCCGAUGGGAAGGAAACGAAAAUCUAGUCCAGGAUUUCGAUGUUGCAACUGCUCCUCGAUCACCAAAACCUGCACCGGCUCUGAUCACUAAUGUGGGUCCAUUGCACAAUGUUCAGUCGGUUGGGGGCAUGGUCUUUGAUCCCCAGCGCAUGUGUUGGCUCAAGGCCUCUGCCCUUGAGUCUGGAGUCCACGGUGCGGUACCGGAGGACGAAGAUGAUGUCUUCGCUGGGUUGGAUGACCUGGAUGACGACAAGACUGCGGCACCAACACGCCGAAACUCGGGGGAUGUACAUGACUUGUCUUCCCACACGCCUGGUGGAGAAGAUGGCAGCGCCGGAGAGUCAUCCGACGACUGCCCUAUUACAGAGGAGUUUGAUGUUGGUCCCGAGUUCAUUCGACGACAGAGAGCUGAAGAGGACAAGUGGAGACGCAAGGUGGCUAAGUGGGUUGGCUCUGCUCGCGGUGAUCGGGAGCAUCACUGGCGAUGGGCCAUUCGUGAUCUGGUGGCCGAAGAUACCGGUCAUGUUAUCGGUUAG